UUAUUCAGAUGCACCUUUGCUGUGUCACCGUGGCAGAUUAUGGUCGAUAUGUCAAACGUUAGUGAGAGAAGCUAAUGGAAGUGACUGUUGCUAAAUAGCUAGUCACCCAGUUCAACUUUAUAUGAGCUGUAUUCAAGCUCGCUAACGUUAGCUGUGUAGGACAGCGAUGCUAACAAGUAAGUUAGCCAAGUUUGCUGGCAUCCACAGGGCGUAGACAAACGAUAUUGCGGUUAGUUUCACCACAGCCGAGCCUGAAGAGGUCAUGGCACGUCUGGUAGCAGUAUGCAGGGAGGGGGAAGAGGACUACCCAUUUCUCUCCAGACAGAUCCCCCUGUAUAUCGAUGAGAGCCUCACGAUGGUGAUGGAAUUUUCUGACAGUGUCAUGGAUGUUGACAGCCAAGAAAUAAACGCGUCUCGUUGGAAACAAUUUUCCCAGUACCACUCCAAGUUGACGGAACAGGACUUGAAUGUCGCCAUGGUGGUGACAUCCCGAGAGGUGUUCGGUGGAUUAGCUCAGCUGGUGCCAUGUGUGGGCUGCAGACGAAGUGUGGAGCGCCUCUUCUCCCAUUUGGUGGAAUCGGGGAACCCAGCCUUGGAGCCCCUCACAGUGAAACCCGCGGGCAUGCUCUCUGUCACCAAAGCCUGUUUAGCAGAUGUAAAGAAGCUCUACACCCUCUUCUACGUCCACGGGUCAAAGUUGAAUGACAUGAUCGAUGCCAUUCCAAAAAGUAAAAAGAACAAACGCUGCCAGUUACACUCCUUAGACACACACAAACCUAAACCCUUGGGGGGAAGCUGGAUGGAUGUGUGGGAGCUGAUGUCUCAGGAGUGCAGGGACGAGGUGGUCCUCAUUGAUAGCGCUUGUCUCUUAGAGACCCUGGAGACAUACUUGCGUAAACACAGAUUUUGCACCGACUGCAAGAAUAAAGUGCUGAGGGCGUACAACAUCCUGGUGGGGGAGUUGGACUGCAGUAAAGAGAAGGGGUAUUGCGCCGCCUUGUAUGAGGGACUAUGCUGUUGCCCCCACGAACGCCACAUCCACGUGUGCUGUGAGACUGACUUCAUCGCUCACCUCCUGGGCCGGGCGGAGCCCGAGUUUGCAGGAGGCUAUGAACGCAGAGAGCGGCAUGCCAAGACCAUUGACAUUGCACAAGAAGAAGUCCUGACCUGUCUCGGUAUUCACCUGUACGAGCGGCUGCACAGGAUCUGGCAGAAACUACGAGCAGAGGAGCAGACGUGGCAGAUAUUGUUCCACUUGGGAAUUGACGCACUACGCAAAAGUUUUGAGAUGGCCGUGGAGAAGAUGCAGGGGAUCAGUCGGCUAGAGCAGUUUGUUGAGGAGCUGUCUGAGGAGGAGAGGGCCAAAGAGCUGAAGCAGGAGAAAAAGAGGCAAAAGCGAAAAAAUCGUCGCAAAAACAAGUGCGGCUUUGACGUAUCUGAACAGGAGGGAGAGGACAAGGAGACAAAUCUGGUUGAGGGUUCUCUUGAGUCUGUGGAAGGCACUUGCAAGGUCUGUGGUAGCCCCGAGGAGGAGGAGGAGGAGGAAGAGGAGGAAGAGGAGGAGGAAGAGGAGACGACCAGAUGUGAUCAGAGCAUCACCGCCAAUGGAAGCCCUUCCUGUAGCUGCCCAGACGACAUCAAACCGGAUUCCCCCCCCCACAGCAAUGGCAGUGACUGCGGCUACUCCUCCAGUAUGGAGGGCAGUGAGAUGGGAUCGCGAGACGGUUCUUAUAUCGCCUGCUCCGAGAGACUGUGUAACCAUGAUGAUGCAGUAGAUGACUCGAAUGCCCAUCACUGUGCUAAAGACAAGGAGGAUGGAAUAGACAGUUGUGUAGACUGCUGGCCACACUCUGUGGAAAACCCUCAAUGCAAGAGUAAAAAGAAGAAAAGGAAGGGCAAGGGUUUAUGCAGCGAUCAGGGACAAAAAGGUGACGGUCGUGUGUCAGAUGGGAACACGACAGGCCACGGUCCUCCAUCCUCGCACACGUGCCGAACCAAAGAAAUGCCUUCCUCCAUAUGUGGCGACGCAUUUGCCAGCAUUGCACUGCGAUUGCCACGGAAAGCAACUCAAACUAACAGCCUUGACGCGAGGCCUCCAGAGGGAAACGCAAGUCUCAUGGAACUUCUGGAGGAUUCAGAAGUGACUUCAGAUGAAGAGAACUGUCUGACACAGGAUGAAAUCCAGGCGUUUUUGGAAAGAAACCGGUCCUUCUACAACAACCGCCACCAGUACAGACAACUCCUGAAGGAGAAGUUCACCAACUACUGCCGUGCCGCUGAGCGGAGUAAGCCAGUCUGUGUAAAGUGGUUUACCACCACCAGUGUCAACUAACUGCACUUAUGGGGCAUCUUCUCCUGGGGAAAACACUCGUCACCACUGCUGCAACAUCUUUAGAAAAUAAAUAAUGAUGAAAUACAUUUGA